AACACUGUUAAGGACUCAACUGUAACACAAGAGGUGAGAAAGAAAAACGUAACGUAUUACUUUUAAUAUAUUCUCAUUAAAAUGUAUUCGUUUUGUUUACGCGAAAAACAACUUUUAUUUACGUUGGUUAUUUUUUUCAAAGGCUAUGGAGAAACCAUGCAUUUUGGCCACCAAUCGGUGUUUUGCACCUUUCAUUGAGAAACACUUCACUAUAGUCCCAUAUGACAAAUUUGUUUUGAGGAAAGAGGACUUCGCUGACAAAAUCCAGGCACUGUUUGUUUGGGGUGUAAAAAUAAAUGUUGAUCGUAAUCUGUUACAGUCCUUACCUAACCUCAAAGUUGUAGUUAACGGUGGGGUUGGAGUAGAUCAUCUUGAUAUUUCUCUUAUCAAUAGCUUUGGAGUCAAAGUUUCCAACACUCCUCAUGUGGUGGACAAUGCCACUGCAGAUAUUGGCAUGGGUUUAAUGUUAGCGUCUGCACGAAAGAUUGUUGAGGGACACAUUUUUAGUAGGUUUCGGGAAUCUGAUGAUUUGACAACAGUAUCCUUGGGCACUGACGUUAGUGGAGCCACCCUUGGCAUAGUUGGCAUGGGUAAAAUUGGAUACAAAGUAGCUAGGAGAGCUCAAGGGUUUGAGAUGAAAAUCCUUUACCACAAUAGGAAUCAAAGGACAGAGAGUGAAGAAAGAGCAGUUGGGGCCACAUAUUGUAAAAGUAUGGAGGAGUUGCUUUUCUAUACAAUACUAUUCUAUGCAUCAUACAGGGACCAUCCCCUGCUGUCCAUCCCAAAUGUCAUCGUCAUGCCCCACUUUGGAACCCACACUAUGGAAACCAGACAGGUUAUGGUGGAGAGGAUGGUGACCAAUGCCUUGGCUGCUCUCAAUGGAGACCAGCUUCCUGACGAAGUCAAGGCCUAGCGCCAGAUCACAGAGCCAUCUGUCCAUUUUUAUUUAAAGCAAAACAAAAAACACUACUGAUUUUAUUUUAUCAUUAUAAAACUGAAAAUAUUUAUAUAUAUAUAUAUAAUAUAUUUGAGUAUUAUGUGCAUGAUUCAACUCUUAAUUGUAAACUUAAAUGAUAUUUUCAUAUUAAAAGUUGGUGGUUUGUAAAACUGAGCAGUAUAUAUUUCUCACUGUUAGGCUACUUUUCUUGGUAAAAUCAUAAAAUGUAUACUGAUCCUGCUGUAAAAAAAUUACUCUAAAAAUAAACUUAACCCUUCAGUAAAGAAAAUACAGAGUUUUUUCUUUAAAUUUCAGCUUGUUUAUUAUGUCUAUUGUGAAUAUUAGUCUACAUUUUAAUUAUUUGUUUGAUACUUUGUGACCUUUUUCAUUGCUUGUCAAACUUUCUGGUUUCAUAACGUUUUUAUUUCCUCUUGCCAAUAUUUUCGUCACUUUUUUGUUGUCAACCAGCGCAAGAUUGGACUUCGGAAAUGCUUAGUGAUGUUUUUGAAAAACGAUGGACAAUAAAUAAAUGGUCAGUCUAAGUGUAUAA